UAAGUCUUCAAAUGGCCUUUAAGUGGGCUUCGGGGAUGAAGUAAAUCAAGAAAAGCCCAAGUCUAUUAUUUACAUGUUAUAAUAUAAGUCUACUUUGUCUUUGUAAGAAAUCAUCGAAAAACGAUCACAAACAUAUUUGGGUAAAUCCCUAAUUCUUCUUCUCUAACUUCUCUUCUACCUCUGCUCUUCGUCAAUCUUCUCCCCUUUCUGUUCUAUUCAGAUAAGCUCAAUCCCUGGGCUUAUCAUUGGUAUCAGUAGGAUCCUGGUGGAGUUAGCUUUGAGAAAACUCAAGAAUUCGUUUUCAACAUAAUGUGUGGUUUGCUUGAGAUGGAACAGACGAGAGAAAAAUGUUUUGCCAACUCUGAGUUAGAGUUGCUUAGGAGAAAGGCGCAUCACAUGAAGGAUGAAGGGGCGAAGUUGUCAAGGGCAGCUACUCACAACAGAGACAUCUUGUCGCAGUGCUAUUACGUUGACCGGAGAAUUAUGUUAUAUGCGUUUGAGGAACUGACUCCUUAUCAGAAGUUAAAGGUCUGGGACCCGGGGCAAGCUAUAGUGUUUCACGACAAGACCUUUCCAAGUUAUGGAGAUGUGAUCACUGUUUCAAUCACUGACUUUUUAGGCCUCGAGGACAAGGCUGUUAUUCUACCGGGAAGUACACUGAAGUUCUAUGGUGAGAAGAGUGAGGAGCAACAACAGAGAUACAACACUCUUGUAUCUGAACUCUCACUCCUUAUGGCAUUGGGAACGACUCCAGCAGUAUGGUGGUUAUGUGCUGUAAUUAUUGGAGCUACAGCGAUAAGAGACACCAUGGAGAUAAGAGCGAUCACUGUACUACGUACGUUUCUUAUAGUAGAGGGAAGCUCACGACAACUGUGGAACAUGUCAAGACAGGAAGAGCUGAUCUGUGCCACUCUUUUCUACCUUAAUGAGAAGAUAAAUGAGACUAGAGAUUCUGUGAAUGAUCUGACUGAGACAGCUAGUGUUCAGUCCAAAGAAGUGAAACAAGCUCAACAUAUUUCGGCAGCUACCAACCAUACUUCGUCGAACUUAACAUGUGGGGACAUUCAUGUUAUGGUGGAAUAUAAGAGUACUCAGAUUGUUGUGAUUGGUUUUGCGUGGGAUCCAAUGGACAGGCCCACCAGGGGGAAGCUCCAAAUUAUGGUGGCUCGGGAAGAACCGUUCACGAGCACAUACUAUUUGGCUCAAACCCCACCGUCAGAUAGUUUUGUUACUGCAUAUCUGGUACUGUUUUUCACAGGCAUGGAAGAGGUAAUGGAUUUCUAUUUCUAUGACUGGUUUCAAUCACCAAGGCCACCAGAACUGAAUGAUCACGACAAUGGUGCACGGGUGAUAACGCUUCGAACGUUUCAUCAACUUGAGGACAAGUUGGUUCUCCAUCGGGGGAGUAUUGAUAAGUCUCCAAAUGGGCUUUAAGUGGGCUUCGGGGAUGAAGUAAAUCAAGAAAAGCCCAAGUCUAUUAUUUACAUGUUAUUAUAUAAGUCUACUUUGUCUUUGUAAGAAAUCAUCGAAAAACGAUCACAAACAUAUUUGGGUAAAUCCCUAAUUCUUCUUCUCUAACUUCUCUUCUACCUCUGCUCUUCGUCAAUCUUCUCCCCUUUCUGUUCUAUUCAGAUAAGCUCAAUCCCUGGACUUAUCAGUUAUCUUCACUUUCAGAUCAAAGCUCAUGUAGAUGGAGCAGGGAUCGUUGGUUUGAGACUAAGAGAGGAGGAUGAAGUUGGUUUAUGUCUUGUUUCUAAAUGGUUUGCAGUUUUUUUUUUUUUAAUUUCAGACACAAGCUUUAUGUGCUUUCAGAUUCUCAAUGGUUUGUUGUAUUUCACUUUCUAAGUUUCAGAUUUAUGUACUUGCAGAUUUUAAAUAUGUAUUAGAUACACUGCAGAUUUUAAAUCAGGUUUAUUACAUGUUA